CGCGUGGGCCCGAGUCGGCGGCGGGGGUCUCCGCUUGCCGGAAGAGGAAGCCAACGUUCCCCUGAGCGUCCCCCCGCCCGCAGCGCCGGCCCUCCGGACGUCCGCGUCCGUUAUCUCCAUUGGACCCCGCCGGGGUUGGGGGGGGCGGGGUGCCGGGUGCUCGGGACCGGCUUCGCGGAAAGGAGAACACGGAAGUUCCUGGAGGCGGAGAACUUGGCCUGAGGAAAAUGCAACAUGGCAGCAGCAAUGGAAACAGAGCAGCCGGGUGUUGAGGUAUUUGAAACGGCGGAGUGUGAGGAGCAAAUUGACUUGCAAAAUCGCCCUCAGUUGGAGCCGUUUUAUGUUGAACGGUAUUCUUGGAGUCAGCUGAAAAAGCUGCUUGCUGAUACCAGAAAAUACCAUGGCUACAUGAUGGCUAAGGCCCCACAUGAUUUUAUGUUUGUGAGGAGGAAUGAUCCAGAUGGGCCUUAUUCAGACAGGAUCUAUUACCUCGCUAUGUCUGGUGAGAACCGAGAAAAUACAUUAUUUUAUUCUGAAAUUCCUAAGACCAUCAAUAGAGCAGCAGUCUUAAUGCUGUCUUGGAAGCCUCUUUUGGAUCUUUUCCAGGCAACACUGGACUAUGGAAUGUAUUCUAGAGAAGAAGAAUUAUUAAGAGAAAGGAAACGCAUUGGAACAGUUGGAAUUGCUUCUUAUGAUUAUCACCAAGGAAGUGGGACAUUUCUGUUUCAAGCUGGUAGUGGAAUUUACCAUGUGAAAGAUGGAGGGCCACAAGGCUUUACACAACAACCCUUACAACCCAAUUUAGUGGAAACUAGUUGUCCCAACAUACGGAUGGACCCCAAAUUAUGUCCUGCUGAUCCAGACUGGAUUGCUUUUAUACAUAGCAAUGAUAUCUGGAUAUCCAACAUUGUCACCAGAGAAGAAAGAAGACUCACCUAUGUGCACAAUGAGCUAGCCAACAUGGAAGAUGAUCCCAGAUCAGCUGGAGUUGCUACAUUUGUUCUCCAAGAAGAAUUUGAUAGAUAUUCUGGCUAUUGGUGGUGUCCAGAAGCUGAAAUGACUCCUAGUGGCAGUAAAAUUCUUAGAAUUCUAUAUGAAGAAAAUGAUGAAUCUGAAGUGGAAAUUAUUCAUGUUACAUCCCCUUUGUUGGAAACAAGGAGGGCAGAUUCAUUCCGUUACCCUAAGACAGGAACAGCAAAUCCAAAAGUCACUUUUAAGAUGUCAGAAAUAGUGGUUGAUGCUGAAGGAAGGAUUAUAGACAUCAUAGAUAAAGAACUAAUUCAACCUUUUGAGAUUCUAUUUGAAGGAGUGGAAUAUAUUGCCAGAGCUGGAUGGACUCCAGAGGGAAAAUAUGCCUGGUCCAUCCUACUAGAUCGUUCCCAAACUCGCCUACAGAUAGUGUUGAUCUCCCCUGAAUUAUUUAUCCCAGUAGAAGAUGAUGCCAUGGGAAGACAGAGAUUCAUCGAGUUGGUUCCUGACUAUGUGACACCACUGAUUAUUUAUGAAGAAACAACAGACAUCUGGAUAAAUAUUCACGACAUCUUUCAUGUUUUCCCCCAAACUCACGAGGAUGAAAUUGAGUUUAUUUUUGCCUCUGAAUGCAAAACAGGUUUUCGUCAUUUGUAUAAAAUCACAUCCAUUUUAAAGGAGAGCAGAUAUAAACGGUCCAAUGGUGGGCUGCCUGCCCCAAGUGAUUUCAAGUGCCCAAUCAAAGAGGAAAUAGCGAUUACCAGUGGUGAAUGGGAAGUUCUUGGUCGGCAUGGAUCUAAUAUCCAGGUCGAUGAAGUCAGAAAGCUGGUGUAUUUUGAAGGCACCAAAGAUUCCCCUUUAGAGCAUCACCUGUACGUGGUCAGCUAUGUAAAUCCUGGAGAAGUGACGAGGCUGACUGACCGUGGCUUCUCCCACUCUUGCUGCAUCAGCCAGAAUUGUGACUUCUUCAUAAGCAAAUAUAGUAACCAGAAGAAUCCACACUGUGUGUCCCUUUACAAACUGACGAGUCCUGAGCAACUCGCAAAUGACCCAAAUGACCCAACUUGCAAAACAAAGGAAUUUUGGGCUACCAUUUUGGAUUCUGCAGGUCCUCUUCCCGACUACACCCCUCCUGAGAUUUUCUCUUUUGAAAGUACUACGGGAUUCACCUUGUAUGGAAUGCUGUACAAACCUCAUGAUCUACAACCUGGAAAGAAAUACCCCACUGUAAUAUUCAUAUAUGGCGGUCCUCAGGUGCAAUUGGUAAAUAAUCGGUUCAAAGGAGUCAAGUAUUUCCGUUUGAAUACUCUCGCUUCUCUGGGUUAUGUGGUUGUGGUGAUAGACAACAGGGGAUCCUGCCACCGAGGGCUUAAAUUUGAAGGAGCCUUUAAAUACAAAAUGGGUCAAAUAGAAAUCGACGAUCAAGUGGAAGGACUCCAGUAUCUCGCCUCUCAGUAUGAUUUCAUUGACUUAGAUCGCGUGGGCAUCCACGGCUGGUCCUAUGGAGGGUACCUCUCCCUGAUGGCAUUGAUGCAGAGGUCGGAUAUCUUCCGGGUUGCUAUUGCGGGGGCCCCCGUGACCCUGUGGAUCUUCUACGACACGGGCUACACAGAACGUUACAUGGGCCACCCGGACCAGAACGAACAGGGCUAUUACCUAGGCUCCGUGGCCAUGCAAGCAGAAAAGUUCCCCUCCGAACCAAACCGCUUACUACUCUUACACGGGUUCUUGGAUGAGAAUGUCCAUUUUGCACAUACCAGUAUAUUACUGAGUUUCUUAGUGCGAGCUGGAAAACCAUAUGAUCUACAGAUCUAUCCUCAGGAGAGACACAGCAUACGAGUUCCUGAGUCUGGAGAACAUUAUGAACUGCACCUUUUGCACUAUCUUCAAGAAAACCUUGGAUCGCGUAUUGCUGCUCUGAAAGUGAUCUAAUUAUCCCUGGGUAGAACUCUGGUCUACACUGGCUAUUUAACCAAAUGAGGAGGUUUGAUCAAUUAGAGAACAUGGAAUUAAGCAUUACAUUGUGGUACCUGCCACCGAACACCUGACUUCUGAAAGUAAAUUUGGUGGCACAUAGGCUUCAACAGCUCAUCUAAUACCUUAAACACACACACACACACACACACACACACACACACACACACAAAAUGAAUGAAUUGAUACCUAUUCCUAAGGAAUCCAGCAAUACCAUGAGAAUUACAGAGAAAAAUAAGACUUGAGCGCCACAUUCGUACCACCCUCUUUUCACAUUUAAUAGCAUUAUAAAACCUCACGGACUUAAUUAGAUUUUUACAAUACUUCUGAGUUUGUUAAAAUAUGGUAUCAGUGAUUGGUUUGGUUCAAUUCCAGGAUCUCUUGACUAGUCACAGAUUUGAUAGCACUUAAUGUGAUUGAAUAGCUUAGGCUUCAUCAAGUGGGGUGUAUCAGCAUGUUAUAAACUAAUCACUAUUAAACCUAUGACUUAACCCAGUCAUUAAUGAUUUUUUUUGAGGAUAAUUUAGUGGCCUCCUAAAGAUACUUUUUUUUGGCUCAGACCAGUUUUUAGCCUAUUUAAACUGUACCUAGUAUAAACAAUUCUCUCAAUGGUAGGACCGAGUGGGAUUUUUUUUUCUUUUUGCAUAAAAACAAGUAACUGUACUACUACCUGUAGCAUGGAUUUAAUUAUAAGUCUUAUGAUGUUGAUACUUACAGGCAGAAAAUUUUUAGUCCAAUGAUUAGAGAGCUUAAACAUUCGCAGGCAAUUCUCUUUCCUCCUCUAGGAAAAAGCAAGAGUGUGUAUUCACUUGUAUGUGGGAAAUUUGGUGACGCUGGGUUUCCGUGUGAUAUUUUCUUAUUAAAGUGUUGUGGAGUUUUAGGAGGUGGGAAGGGAUAGCCAGGCCCGGGGGGAGGCAGUGCAGGGUCCACUUGAGAAUUGAGCAGAAGUACUCAGGAGAAAGGGGGGGGAGGGGGCAGUGGAGCUUAAACUCCCAGUAUGCUAGUUAAGGAAAACAAUGGGAAAUGACUCUGUCACCAUCACAGACUGACAUUGUUCAGAGGAGGAAAAAUUCCUUAGGCUUAUUAUAAACCCUCUUUUUAUUAUUGUUAUUUUUCCUCUUAAAUUUAAAAACCUUACAAAAAAUUAUCUUCUAAAAUAACAGUACUUUGAAUAUUGUGAGCUCAAGGUUUCCGUACAAGCUCUCAACAACAGGGGAGUAACGUGGCUUCUCUUCAGCAGUGUUUCGAGCCGUUAAGCAGUUUUACCGAAUGGCCAUUGCAUUUUCUAUGUAUGAAGGGAGCAACUAGGUGCUGACUAAGAUCUGCCCUUGGGCACAUCAGAUCUUUGCUACUAAGUGGGUUCCAUUGGAGCCCAUGGUGGAUCUGACCAUUUUGUUUAGAAAGUUGUUACCAGAAUUUAAAAAU